AUGAGUAGUAUUAUUAAGAAGGCUACUCAGUUCAAGCCAAGAUUCAAGAGUAAGCCGAUCAGAAGAAAGCAAGGAUCGGCCACACCAACUCCAUUAACACCUCCUGCUACACAAGUAAACAAAGAACAGACUCCACAAGAACAAGAUGAAGUUGAGGUAGAGAAUGUGCAAGACAAGGAAGAAUUACAGAGUCAGAUACCAGAUGAACCAGCCAAAUCGUCUCAACCAUUUGAAGAUCCAAUUUUAACUGCAGAAUCUACAGUAGUAAUACCAAAUAUACAAGUAGAGGAUACAUCAAAACAACAACCAAAACCAUCAUUUUCAUUCACAAUUAAACCUAAAGAGAAAUCUAGCUCAAGCAGUGAAGUGAAUAACAAAGCAACUGAAGAUGAUGAAGAAAUCAUAGAUCCUAAGGAUUCGAGUCGUAUGCUUGAAGUAGACCUGACUGAGAAAAUCACUGAUGAAGAUAAGGAAAAAGAGGAUGAUGAAGUAUUCAAAUUACCAACAUAUGAACGUGAAAGACAACACUCUGUGGUUCCACAAAGGAGAUUAUCUGGUAUAACUCCGACCGCAAUCAGAAGUAGAUCAGGAUCAAUUUCAAUUAGAACUAGUGUGGCAGAAUCUGAAGGUGGUGCAAGUGCUGCUCAAUUACCUGCUAAGAUCGGUAUUCCAAUCGUCAAGCCAGUUAAGAGAAGAAGAUCCCUGGUUGUUAAUCGUGGUUCAGCAACUUUAAAGAAACCUUCAUUAUCACUAGCUAGUGCUACUACUAUUACUAUUCCUAGAGAAGCAAAAUCAUUAUCUAUUGUUGUGCCAGGAGCUACAGAAUCUACAAAUAGAGAAGCUAUCACGGCAAGUAAGAUAGAAGAAGUUGCAGAACCAAUGUCAAAAGAACCAAGUGUUGUUGCUGACAAGAAGGACAUUGAAUCAAAAUACAUUGUUGGAGUGGAUCCAACUACUAAAAGACUAAGGAAGUUUUUAAGACCUGGAGUUAAAUUAAGUCCUGAAGAGAUUUCUGAAAUACUUCCAGAAGCCGAAUCAUUAACUACUGCUCCUGAAGAUUUAAUCACCAGUAUUAAUAGUGUUAAACAGUUACCAUUAACUAAGGUUAAAAAUUCAGAUGCUGAAUUAUUUGCUGCUAUUGAUUUUGAUGUUAGUGAGAUGACGAUGGCUGAUUUGUGUAAACCAUUUUUACCAAUUGGGAAAACAAGUUCAAAUUUUGAAUUAGUGAACCAAGCUGAAGAGAAGAUAAGACAACGUAAAGAAGAUAGAAGACGUGCUAGAGAAGUUGCUCGUAAUAAUCGAAUUUCAAUUGAACAAGCAUCAGGUGAAACUGAAGAAGGUGCAAAUGAUAGAGAAAAUCGCAAAAAUAGUAAUUUAUUGGACUUGGAUGAUGAAACUGGUGGUAGUGGUGCAACUCAAAGUCUUAUGUUAAAAAUGCAAGGGGAUCAAAUUACUUUUGAUCAGAAUUCGACUUUAAUUGAUAGACAUUUACAAACAUCUCAUAGUAAUUUGAUUCGUGAAGAAUCUAAUCCAUUUGAGAAUCCAAUCACAUCUUCCACAUAUUCUAAGAGAAGGCAUACUGAUAAAUGGACAGGUUAUGAAGUUCAACAAUUUUAUGAAGCUUUAAGUACGUUUGGAACGGAUUUUUCCUUAAUAAGUCAAUUAUUCCCUCAUAGAUCACGUAAACAAAUCAAACUGAAAUUUAAUUUAGAAGAGAAGAAAUAUCCUGAGAUUAUUGAAAUGGCAUUACGUAGGAAAUUGCCGGGUGAUUUCGAUACAUAUUGUAUGAACAUUAAUAAAGAAAUCAAGACAUUAGAACAAUAUAAUGAUGAAUUGAAACAAGUUAGAUUACAACAUGAACAAGAUUUAGCUACGAUAAGUGAAGAAAGAGAAAGAGCCAUGCAAGAAGAUGCAGAAGCUAGUAGAAGAAGAGAAAUUGAAAUUAGAACAGGGGCAAAGACUAUGACUAGAGCAGAGAAAUUAAAGGAAUUGAGAAAGAAUGAAAUGAUUGUGGGAUCGAUUGACGAUGUUAAGAAACAAAGAGAAGAUAUAGAGUUAUAG